CUCUUAUUAUCUUACCUUAUAUUUAACUUAUUAUACAAGCAAAUCUCAUUUUUAGAUACCUCAAAAAGACCUCCUACAUUUGAAUGCCACUUUGGAAAAUCUUUGAAAAUUAAUAAUAAAAUGACUCCUAAUAGUAUGCCCCCUGGUAAAUGCCCCCUAAUAGAAUGCCCGUUCAACAGAAGAUAUCUUCCCCUCUCCAGCAGUGGUCGGUUGGAAAUGAUGAAGGUGUCGGAAAUCGGAACUGUCGGAAAUUGGAAAUGGCUCAUAAGUCGGAACUCGAAAAUUGGAAAGCAGCCUAAAUUUUCGGAAAUCGGAAUUCCGACCGACCCCUGCUCUCCAGUUGAAUGUGCCACCAUAUGAUAGAAUGCCAUUUUGGAAGGUGACUAAAAAACGAGGGCAUUCAACGGUAGCUUAUGUAGACUUAACAUUAUUGCCCGUAUGUGUCCGCAAAUAUCGUCCGCAAAUGAAUUGUUUUUUCAAUUUAAAAAUUUCUUCAAUAAAUUUAAGACAGAAAUUGUUAAAUUUAAAAAUGAUAUCAAGACUGAAAAUGAAAAAGGCAUAAAAGAAGUUAAUGAAGAAACUGAUAAGAUUAAUAAUGAUUUUGAUGCCUUAAAGAGGGAACUUGCUGUAGUUAAGUUUUAUGUUGGUGGGAUGUUUUUUGCAUUUAUUGGAGGGUGCUUUAUUAUUUUUAUUGCAAUCUUGGAACUUUUAAAUCGUAUUGCCGCCGAACGGAAAUAA